UCUCCCGCGCGAGCUCGGUUGCCAACCUGGAGUACCCACACGCGAAGCGCAAACGCCACAAGCCGGUGGUAGCUGAGCGUGUUGCCGGCUCGGUGCCGUUUGAAGCCACCAAUUCGCUUAGUUUCCAGGUCCUUAGAUACCCGUUUUUGUUUUUUAUCAUGCUCUGGCUGGCAAUAUUGAGCAUACUCUACAUGAUUGUGCGACUGUCUGUACUGGUGAGCGAGCAAAUUCUGGCAAACACGGCAGAGCGCAGAAAGCUGAUGGCCAAGCUCCAGAGCGCGACAAACUACGACGAUUACGUGGCGAAGGCCAAGGAAGUGGAUGCUCAGCUGGGCCUUGACGAGUGGAAACGCGAGGACCGGUCUUCGGAGUAUGACUGGCGGACACUUCGACGACUCAAGGCCGACCUGCGGCGUUUGCGUCUCGAGGAGAACUUUGAGGAGCUGAUGGUGGUUCUGCAGACGUGUGUCAAGUCGAAUUUUGCUGGCAUCGAGAACCCAAUUCUCUACUCGCAGUGCUACUACGGCACGAAACAACUGAUCCAGGACUACAUCGACGAGGUUGUUGCGUCGAUCAAGGCCAUCACAGAGACGGAUAAGGUUGCUGUUGAGGAAAAACGCAUCUUUUUCAAAAUCGUCUCGCGAAACUACGGCAAGACGGCCCUCGCACUGAGCGGAGGAGCGUCUUUCUGCUAUAAUCAUUAUGGCGUUCUCAAAGCCUUGUUGGAGAACGAUCUUUUGCCAAACGUUAUGAGUGGCACAUCCGGCGGUGGCAUAAUUGCUGCGCUGGCCACCACCAGAACCAACAAAGAGCUGCUCUCGUUGCUGACGCCCAAGCUUGCCAAGCGCAUCAACGCCGCCGACGGGAAGACAAUGCUGGACUGGCUCAAGCAAUGGUGGGCCACAGGCGUGAUUUUCGACCCAAUCACCCUUGCCCGUAAGGCUCAGUGGUGGACGCUAGGCUCCACCACGUUCCAGGAGAGCUUUGAGCGCACGGGCAAGGUUCUCAACAUUUCGACCACGCCGCACGAGAUGCACUCUUCGGAGGUUGUGUGCAAUCACAUCACAGCGCCUAAUUGCUGUAUCUGGUCCGCUUUGCUUGCCUCGGCGGCGGUUCCCGGUGUUCUCAAGCCGGUGGUGUUGAUGGAAAAGGACAGGAAAACCAAAAAAAUCAGGCCGUUUUCGUUUGGAAGCAAGUGGCAGGACGGAUCUCUCCGGUCGGACAUCCCGCUGCAGUCUCUCAACGCCUAUUUCAAUGUCAAGUUCACUAUUGUGUCACAGGUGAACCCGCACGUUCUGCUGUGGUUCUACAAAAGCCGUGGCGACGUUGGUCGUCCUGUGCCGCGUCCAAUGGGUAAGAGCUUCCGUGGCGGUUUUCUACCCAGCUACUUUGAAAACCUCAUCAAGCUGGAGGGCAUCAAGUGGCUCAAAAUGAUGAAAGACUUCCAGAUCAUCCCGAACUUCUUGGAGAGCGACUGGUCGGACGUGUUUCUGCAGCGGUUUGACGGCACCAUCACAAUAUUCCCGAAAAUAAAAAUAGCAGACUACUUCGAUCUUCUGGGCGACCCCACAGAGGAGCAGCUUGCGCAGCUCAUAGCGAACGCAGAGCACGUGACGUAUCCAAAGCUACUGUUCAUCAGAAACCGGCUGGAAAUGGAGAGAGCUAUAGAGCGCGGUCGCAAGGUGACCAGAAAUACAGCCAACGACGUCAACCAAACGUCGUCGAGCGAGGAUCUCGACGACGACGACAACGAGUAUGCCGACUCUCAGACGCCAUUUAUGGGUCUCAGACACCGAAGCAUUUGAUUACGGUUUAUACAUCUUGAACACAAACGACUGCUCGCCGAAAUCGUCAAACCCUUCUUCGCGCACACUCUGCACCUCCUUGAGCCCCAGACUCUCGAUCAACGACCACAGAUGCGCGCGUUCCCGUUCGUACCGUGGCCGCAGAGGGAGCUGGACAAGAAGUUGGGCGUUUUCUGGCGCCAGAAAACGCUCAACCACGUUGCGCACUAAGACAGGAUGGUCUGCAGAGUAAAUGGGGUCGCUAACAAUGACGGUUGCAAAUUUUCUGCUACCGAAAGCGUGCGGGUUCUUCCAAUCCAGGACCUCGCAGGGAAGAUCCAGCUGGUUCAGCAGGAUGUUUUCUUUCAGAUUCGGCACAAUUUCAGGCAGGUCUGUGAGAACAACAUCCUUAUACCCCAGCAGUCCGCAAGCAAUCCCUACCAGACCGGUUCCUGCCCCGAGCUCGAGAAUCGGCUCUGCUAGCCGCGGAAAGUUAACCAGCCGUCGGGCCAGCAUGAGCGACGAUCCCCAGGUCUUGAGUCCAAGGUUAUCACUCGUCAGUGCUGGCUCUCGUAGACAGAUUGGAGGCAGUCCAUCUACUGUGAUUUUCCGUGUGAACCCUGGCGCGGCCGUCCGCCCAGACUUCUCCGAGAUGAUUGUCGAGGCCAGUGCCCACACGUCCUCGCGGUCGGCAGCGUCCAUCCAUGAAAGCGAGGAUCCGCAAAUGCCGGUGAGAUACGACACUAUGUCGUUUGUCGGCAGUGCACCCAAAUCUGAAAAAUUGGCGCACAGCAGCGAACAGUGGGUCUGGAGCCACGGCUCUGCAGCGGCGAAACUAGCAGGGUGCUCUCGUUUGACCGUCUCUAUGGACCGCGUUUGUGGAGUUUGUCCAAAAUUGCAGAUGUCGUCUGAUUUGAGCAGAUACAAGAUGGUUUUCAGGACACAGGCCGGCGGUCGCGAGCCUACUUGUGGGAGGUCCAUGACGUGCAGUGCUGGGAGAUGCGACUUCUCCUCGGACACGUUCAUAAGCACGGGCUCGGUGUCGACGUAUUGCACGGGCGACAAAAAGUCGAGGGGGUCGAAGGACAUGCAAAAUAAUAAAUUAUUAUUUAUAUAUUUCAUAUAUUUUACAUUUUUUAUACAUUGAGCCAUGUCUCUGCC